GCUCUUACUCUUGCUCUUGCUCUCUUUCGCACUCGAUCUUCGUUUUUUCGUAGAAAAAUAUUUAAAAAAGAAAAAAACUGUAAAUUUUGCUUUGACAGCGCAACUGACAAAAGUGAUGACGCCAACGGUGCGGUGCAAGAAAAUCUUUACUACAAUUUCAUGAAGUGUGAAAGUGUUGUACAAUAUGAAUACAAAACAAAAAAAGGAAAAUUUUAAAAGGAAAAAAAAUUUUAACAAUAUCAUAUAAAUCGAAUAUCGUAUUAGAAAAAAUAAAUAAAUAAAUAAAUAAUUUUUAAUUUCGUUUCCCUUCUCCACGUAGUCAUAAUGGAUUUUUAUUUGAUGUUUUUUAAAUCUGAAAUAAAUAAAAUGACAUUGAAUACGCAUUCAAUCAAUUGCGGAUAUCUGCGGAUCCGCUUGACUAAUUUACAUAAGUUUUAUGAAAUGCUUAUGUUAUUAUUGUUGUUAUUAUUGUGCUUUAAUUUUUUCUUACUGACUUCUGCUGUUGGCGACGAUGACGAAGGUCCCUAUCAGGGUAAAUAUUUGGGAAAAAUAAAUUCGUAUCAUCAUCAAGUUUCGGGUGAUGUUUAUGCCGUGAAUGAAUACACCUUUCUAUUGGUGGGCUUUAAUUAUGACGGCAACGGAGCGGAUACAUUCUUUUGGGCAGGAGCUGCUAACAGACCCGGACCCCAGGGUUUCAUAAUACCAAAUGAAUACGGAAAAACGAAUAUUUUAGAUCGUUAUCAUAAUAAGGAUUUCACGCUGACUUUACCAGAUCGCAAGAAAAUUACCGAAAUCAAAUGGUUGGCUGUCUACGAUUUGAAUAAUCAAAACAACUUCGGUGAUGUUUACAUACCGGAGGAAUUUGAACCACCGCGCGUCCAAAACGGUGGCACUUUCUCGAAACGUAGCCACAAUGUCAGCAGUAGUGCUAUCGAAAUUGUGGACUCGAAAACAAUACGUAUUAAAGAUUUUACUUAUGAUGGUAAAGGUAAAAGAACAUUCUUCUGGACAGGCGUUGGAGCCCAGCCAUCGAGUAGAGGUAGUAAAAUACCAGAUGAAAUGGGAUAUUUAGAUCCUAUACGUAAAUAUGAUAAGGAAACAAUUACUUUGGAGUUACCGGGCGACAAGACUAUAUUCGAUAUCGAUUGGAUUAGCAUUUAUGAUUUGGCGGAUAGUGAAAACUAUGGUCAUGUACUGAUAGCGGAUAAUUUAAAUGUUCCUCCAUCGUUGGUGAAGAUAACACCCUAUGAAUUUUCCUUACCCAACUGCCGUCAAUUGCAUAAAAAUCUGCAAGUCUCUUGGGAAGUGUUUGGACCACAAAUAACACUGCAAUUAUCGGGGCAAGUAGAACAAAGUGAUUACAUGUCGUUUGGCUUAUCCGGAUCGGAAUCAUCUUCACAAAUGAUCGGAGCUGAUGUUGUCGUUGCCUAUAUCGACGAUAUACGAGGCUAUUCAAUUGACUACAAUAUAACUUCAUUGGCUCCAUGUGUUCAAGUCUUAGGGCAAAAUAAGGGAGUAUGUCGCGAUGAUAUGGUAGGAGGGUUAGAUAGUUUCCAGUUAAAUACUUAUAGCCGUAAGGAUGGCAUUAAUACCAUAACUUUUCGAAGGACUUUAAUUUCCUCCGAUCCUGGUGACAAGGAAAUACGUUUAGAUAGAAGCAACUAUGUGGUAUGGGCUUUCGGCCAAUUAGACUCUAAUAACGAGCCAGCUUUUCAUAACUUUUAUCCGAAAAGUGACAUAUUAAUUGAUUUUAAUACUACAGAACCGGUUAACGAUUGCUUUAGUUUCACGAAACACACCGACAAUCCCGUACAGACCUGGGAGCGCGUGCGCAUAUGGGAACCAACUGUGCGCACUUUUAAUGCUUAUUUGGGCCCUUCGGGUGGGCUAAAAGGUUAUCAAGGCAUUACCGGUCAUGUUUCCAGUGGCCUGGCUUGGUACAUUAAUGGCUUUAUGAUACCAGAGUUGUAUUUGAAACGUGGCCUUACCUAUGUCUUUAAGGUUCGUGGCGGUAAUAAUCCGCAUUCACCCGAGCAUUAUCAUCCGUUAGUUAUCACGGAUGAGCCACGCGGAGGCUAUGAUCGCCUCAGUGACGCUAAGCAAAGUGAGAUUCGUGUCCUAGCCGGCGUGGAAUUUACUCGCAGAGGUCGUCCCAAACCUACAGCAGCCGGCCCUCUAUGCCUUUCACGGUAUCCGGCCAACUACGAUCGUCGUUUAGAUGAUAAUUUCCCCAGUUUUAAGAAAUUUAAUCGCUCUUUAAUAACGGCAUGUACAUAUGAUGAGCCUGCUACGCUGGAAAUUACACCGAAUAUAACCUGGCCGGACACAGUUUACUAUAAUAGUUUUACUCAUGCUAAUAUGGGCUGGAAAAUGCACAUUGUUGAUAGUUAUAAUAAUUUAAGAAACUCAGCCUUCAGCCAAUUAAAGCAGAAUAACAAAUUGGGUCUGUUUUUGUUUAUCGGUUAUCUACUACUGCAAGCAACGAGACAAAGCAUAGCGUAGUAAUACUAUUUAUAUACAAU